AUGUUGAAUCCUACCUUUGUAGUGUGGGAUAUUAUAUAUCCCUUAUAUGCCUAUGCCUCUCUCUUCAUCAUUAUCCUAAUUCUUUGGCGAGUGAAGAAGAGACCCUGUGGAUUAAAGUUGGAACCUACCAAGAGCACCUGCCAGCGACACCGAAGAGUCAGACAAAGGACUAGAGACGCAGCAUCAAGAGCUAGGAGGUCUUCCCAGAAAGAGGCUAAGAAGCCAUGGCAACUUCUCUCGGUCAUGAAAAGCCACAAUUGGCUUCCUGAGGAGGGAAGGGUGAGGCGGCUCCUCUGCGCAGACCCCUGCUGCCCCACCUGCGACGAUGUGGCGCUGGAGAUCCAGCAGCUGUUCACCCGUGAAAACAGCCUGACCAAGAUUCCUUAA